ACUCUAAGAUCUCAAUGAUGAUUUUCCGUCUGUUCUUACUGCUCAGCGCCGGGGUAUUGCUGUUGACUGGAGGGGAUCAAGGCAGCUGCCAUGCCGGUGACAUCCCAUGCGAGGGGAAGGGCGGCCAACUGGUGUGUUUGAGCGGUGCCAACGCCCAGAAGGACACCAAGACGUGCGUGGCGGCAGAUUGCGCGAGUGGCCAAGUGCCGAUCAGCUUGAAUGGGAUUGAUACUUGUGUCCCUGUUGAUCUACUCGGCAACAUUGAAGGAAAUCACGCGACACCCGCGGUUUGGAGAUUUGCCAAUUGCUCGAUCAUGAACAUCAACUGCGGCAAGAGGGGGCUGGAAGUGUGCGUGUCGAACACGAAGUUGCAUGGAUACGACGGUCAAACGCAGAGCUGUAUAUGGAAGAAAAAAUGCACCGACAAGCCCGACCAUCACCCGUGCAAAGCGAUCAACACCAGCCAUCCGGACAUCUGCACGCCGUACAUGACGAUCAAAUCGAUUCGAGACGACGGCCUUUGUACACUGUAUUCAAAGGCCGAGCAGCAGGCAUGGGAGCAAGAGGGGGAAAAGAAGAAUGGAACCACGGAAAAAGCUCUCCCCACUGAAGACAAAGGCCACAUCCUCCUCAUCAUCAUCAUCGUCGUGUGCGGCUUGGUCGGCUGUCUGGUGCUGAUCAUCGUCGUCACACUCAUCUACUGCAUGACGCACCGAAGCAAGAAGAAGAAGAACAAGUCGACCUCCUCGAACAAGCCUGACAAGAAGACAGCCAAAAAGUCUACGAAGUCGUCCAAGUCAUCCAAGUCGAGUCACACCGGAAGUGAGAAUCCGAAGGUGUCGAAGAAGCCGAAGCCCCCACCCGUCAACCCGAACGAGGCACACGACAACAUGUUCCAACAGACAAAGCAAUUCCCCGAGGAAGACGACAAUGGCGGCGGCGAUCCGAUGAUGCGCGUC